AGGUUUACCUGCGCGAAAGGCCAUUGAAAAGCGGAGGAGAGAGAAGGCCAGAGAUCGGGACAUUGGACCCGCUGCGAGGUCUUCAGUAAGACUUUCUCUCGCAGGAAAAGCUAGCGUCUUUGCGCUAGCCCACGGCCGCGUGUCGAUGAAAAUCGCUCGAGAGCCAGCUCUCAGGGUGCCGGAGAAAGCGGCUGAUUUGAGUCGUGUGGCACGGUUUUUCGCGGGCAUAAGCAACCCUUCGCCGAUUGAGUCUUUUAAAACGCAUUGAUUUUCAAAUCGGACGGAUCUGCCGAGUAUUUUGAAGACUGUUUCGUGAUCGAAUUCCUUCGUUUCGCCGCAUGCAGGCGAUCCAACGUCGAGCGCACCAUGGCGACCUCUACGUCGGGCGGAGCUCAGCAAACCGUCGUUGAAGAGAAGCUGAAGAAAGCGCUUUCUCCGGCUUUCCUCAAACUUGAGGACAAGAGUUGCGGAUGUGGAGCAGCUUACGACUGCGUGAUUGUCAGCGAUGCAUUUGAUGGUAAGAAACUUCUUCAGCGCCACCGAAUGGUCAACGAAGCUCUGAAAGAUGAACUCCCGAGCAUCCACGCGUUCUCGAUGCAGUGCCAUACCCCAGACGAAUGGCGGAGUAAGCCGGCGCAGUAACUUAUAAACGCAGAGUGCCGCGCUGAUCGGAUUAACGUUCGCGCCUUGGAAUAUACUUCAACCGUCGAGAUCGAAGGAAAACGAAAGACUGACGGCUCUGAAACUUCCGACGCGAUCCCAUGCUCGUCUUGGCGCGCAGCCUUCGGUCGCAAACCGAGGGGCGAAUGCGGUGCACCGCAUGCAUAGAGCAGACUGUCGCGUGUUUUGUUUCACCGACAUUACGGUAUACAGUUCAGGCUUCUCUACUGGAAUAAAUAUUGUGCCACUGUGGGGGUCUUAGGAAGCCGCCCGGAGUUACUUAUCUUUCUAGGAUCCCGAGAACGCUUUCUGCUUGUGCGGCCAGGGUGAGUUUUUCCCCAUCGUGUCGCCCUUGAAAGUC